CUGGAAUUUUCCUUUGUACUGGGCUCUGACAAAAGCUCAGGUGAUUUCCGCAUGAGUGACUUUGGGAGGAGGGUGGUCAAAGGUCCAAAGUCAACAAACAGCCACAGUCUUAAGAUGAAGGACCUUAUCGGCACCUGCUCGUAUAACCAACUCUAUCAAAAUGUGAAACGAUUUUCAAAAAACGGGGAGUAUUUCUGCAAAGAACUCAUGACUGUUUUUCAGCAAAGGGCUGAGCUGGAACUUACUUAUGCCAAAGGACUACAAAAACUGGCAGGCAAACUCAUCAGGGCCUCCAAAGGAAUGUCAAACAAUUCCACCUACGGUGCCUGGUGUCAUGUGUCAGAUGAGAUGUACUCCAGAGCAGAUGCCCACAGAUCAUUAGGAAACGCAUUUCAGCAAGAGGCAAUUCUGGAAAUACGACAAGUCUUAGACGAGCAUAAUAAGAGGAAGAGGCCUCUUGACGGUGCCAUUGAAAGAACUGGAAAACUUGUUACUGCUAACUGGAGUGAACAACUCAAGAUAAAGAAGAAAUUGCUUGGACUAACAAGAGAGCAUGAGGCUUUGUUCAACUUUGUUGAGAACAACAGGCAAAUUUGCACAGAAAAAGAAAAACAAAAGAUGCUGAACAGGCUGACUAAGUCGGCAGAGAUGCAGGCGCGGGUGGACGAGGAGUACUUUAAUAUCAACAUGGAGGGUCAUCAGAUGAGACUCAAGUGGGAAAACACACUGAAAAACUGCUACCAGAUAGUACAGGAGCUGGAGAAACAGCGAAUUGAAGUUCUGUGCAACAUCUUGACUAGAUACAACCUCCAAAUGUCCGGCUUUGGGCAGACCCUCAAACAUGGCCAAAGACAGAUAGAACAGACGGUCCAACGGGUGGACAUGGAUAAAGACAUACAAACCCUGGUGGAGGAAAACAGCAUCACAGCUGAAGAUCACAAAGCGGAGUUUUUAAUGGCAGAUUAUUUUGAGGAGGACAGCAAAUCACUCAUGGCCAAAGACCGAAGGAAAGAGGCCAUCAAACUCAAAGUCCAGCGUCUGGAGGACAGUAUUACAAAGACAAAGAAAGACCGUGAAGGAAUUGAAAAACUGAUGAGGAUGUAUUCUGAAAAUCCAUCUUUCUCAAACCAAAAGAACCUGGAGGAAACUGAACAGCAGGUUGAUGAGAGUACUCUAAAGCUGGAUCUCCUCGAGGCCACUCGCUACAAACUCUCUGUAUCGCUCUCUGAGUUAGAGGGGAAGCCCAAGUCCUUUCACCGAUUUAGCGACAGCAUUGUGAAAUGGAAAGAUAAGGACUGUGAGCACAGCGUUGUCCAACUGACUCGUCCAGUCAAACUCAGGAGGACUCCGUUCAGAUCCCGACAAUCACUGAGAGCUUCCAUCAUCUACAAAGGGCCUGCUCAGUUUGUGACACGGCAGUCUGUGGAGGCGUUACCGAGCGCCAGCGACCGAGUCACUUCCACCGCUGUAACACAUGAAGCUGUAGAGUGUGACGGCGCCGUUAACGGAGCCCUGCCUCACACUGAUGAUGAUAAAGAACAAGGUGAAAUAACACCGGAGCUGUGCAGUAUGGGAAAAUGCACGGCCCUGUACAAUUUCACGCCUGAACAGGAUGAUGAAUUGACUUUGAAAGAAGGAGAUCUUCUGGACAUUUACAGAAAGGAAGAGAACGGUUGGUGGUUUGGCGAACUUAACGGGAAGACAGGCCAUUUCCCGUCAGCCUAUGUUGAGGAGCUGCCUGUGUUAAGCAGCGUCAAAUCAUCUGAUGCCUGACUGACGUGACAAAACUCACCCUGAGUCAAAGAGAUUCACUUCUGUAGUGCCAAAAAUGAAAUGGCUGACUGAUGAUAUUCAUUGCCUUAAAAUAGAUAAUAAAAACAAAAGCAUUCCGUUUAAUAAGCAUGUUCCUCUGCUGACAGACAGGAUCUAUGAUCUUUGUCACAGCUCUCCAUGAAGUUAUUUUGUAAUGCUUUUAGGAUUCAUACUGUGUGAAUUUUUAUACCAAAAUGAUUUUGUUUCCAUUAUUUAUGCCACAUUGUGUACAGAUGAAUUCAAGUAGAGUGAGUGUUUAAGAAAUAUGUAUUUUAAUAGAUUCAUAUGAUUAACAUAAGUAAAAAUGAAGCCCAAGAAAAUAAAACUGUAUAUUUAUCCCCACCCAUUUUAAACUGAGUAAUGACAUGAGUAAAUAAAUGAAAACUGUUAACCACAUAUGAGUGAUCAAUUACUUUAUUCAUCUUUACUUCUGAAGAACAACAUCUACAGUAAACUGGUGAAUUUUUCAGGUGAAAUUUACCCCAGAA